AUGAGCAGAAAAGCUAUUACCUAUGAAGAUCGAGUAAAAGUAAUGCAUUAUCACCAGGAAGGUAAAACCGCUCGUGAAAUUGGAAGAAUAAUAAAACGAUCACAUAGUUUGGUGCUAAGAAUCAUUAAAAGAUUCAGAGAGACGAAAUCUUACGUUGAUCGCCAUCGUUCUGGAAGACCGCGUUUGACGACACCCAAUGAUGAUCGUCUUUUAAUCAGGUUAGCAAAGAAAAAUCGAACUAUGUCGUCGCAUGAAUUGAGAAGGGAAUGGAAACUUUCAAAUGGAUGUCAAGCAUCAGCAUCACUUGUGCGUAGGAAACUAAUAGCUAACAAUAUGCUAUGGAAAAAAGCUGUUCUAAAACCGAGACUUAACAAACAACAUAUAAAAAAGCGAGAAGAAUUUUGCCAAAGUGUCAAAGAAUAG